AUGGUCGCAAACAUCGAUGGGAAUGCAAAGUGUUCCCACGGUGACGUACCGAUAGCGUCGGGGCCCUCCACGAUGGCAUGGAUACCGCCAUCCGAAGAGCCUGAGAGGCCUCCGUUGACCUCCCAUCAGUCAAAUUCACUCCCUUCCACCCCAUACCAGCAUGCGCGCAACCUCUCUUUCCACUCGCGGUCCCCCUCCCCCGCCCGCGGCAGUACUUCUCCUCGAUCCACACACUCGGAAGCGACGCAUCUGCCGCGAAAACCGCUCGGGGGUUGCAAAUAUGAGACCGCCAUGGCCUAUUUUCGCAGGCGGAUACCGUACAGUCUCGGAGCGGAUAUAUUGCCAGAGGAGAAGGAGGGGGUGAAGGAGACUCUCGAUCCAGAAGAGGAGAAAAAAUUAUCGGCUGACAUCAUGGACCUCUAUGAUCGAUUAUUACCCUCCGCUGAGAGCGACGAUCGACGCAGACAACUCGUUCAGAAAUUGGAGAAGCUGUUCAACGACCAAUGGCCUGGUCAUGACAUCAAAGCGAAUAUAUUUGGCUCCUCAGGGAACAAACUCUGCUCCAGCGAUUCGGAUGUGGAUAUAUGUAUCACCACGAAUUUUAAAGCGCUGGAGAAUGUGUGUUGCUUGGCUGAAGUGCUCGCGAAACAUGGGAUGGAAAGAGUAGUGUGCGUAUCGCACGCGAAGGUCCCCAUUGUGAAGAUCUGGGAUCCGGAGCUUCGAUUGGCCUGUGACAUGAAUGUCAACAAUACUCUAGCACUGGAAAAUACUCGCAUGAUCCGGACUUAUGUGGAAGUGGACGAGCGCGUGAGACCAUUGGCGAUGACCGUGAAACAUUGGACAAAACGACGGAUCUUGAACGAUGCAGCACUUGGCGGCACUUUAAGUUCUUAUACGUGGAUUUGUCUCAUCAUUAGUUUCCUUCAGACGCGGAGCCCACCAAUCUUGCCGAGUUUACAAGCAAGACCGCACGAGAAGCGAGUCACCGAAGAUGGACUAGUGUGUUCGUUUGACGACGACAUCAAGACUCUUUCCCAGUUUGGUCGCCACAACAAGCAAUCCGUUGGCGAGUUGCUCUUUCAGUUUUUCCGAUAUUAUGGUCACGAACUUGAUUACGAAACGAAUGUCAUUUCAGUGCGUGAGGGCACGUUGACGAACAAAGUUGCCAAGGGUUGGCACCUGCUCAUGAACAACCGGCUUUGCGUGGAGGAACCUUUCAAUACGGUACGGAACCUGGGAAACACGGCCGACGACACCUCAUUCCGAGGUUUGCAUUUGGAAUUGCGACGGGCUUUCAAAUCUGUGGCAAAGGGUGAUCUCGAAGAGGCCUGUGAGCAGUUUGAGUACCCUGUAGAAGAGGAGCGGACGUGGGAGCGACCCAGGCCUCAGCCACGACCGACACUUACUCCAUCUCUCCCAACGCGCGGACGAGGGGGUGGCCGCGGAGGUAGAUACAACAAUCAAAUGCCACGCGGCGGGCUGGCUGGCACUGGACGACGACAGUCGAAUACGGGGAACAAUGGGAGCAAGGUAACUUUGCGACAGCCGAAUACCGGCAAUGCGACAGACAUGUCCCUGCAAGCACAGCAGCAGGCGCAGUAUCUUUUGCAUGACCAAUUGUACCAACAGAUCCAGCUGUUGCAAGCGCAGGAACAAGAACUGCGCAUGCAACUGCACAACCAGGCGGUGAUCACUGGACGACCGCCACCUGUCUUCAUUCGACAACCAUUCAUCCAGUUCCCUGUUCCUCAGCAACAGGAGUACUCAGAUGAAACCCCACGAUCCAGAUCGGGAACCGCCAGCCAUGCAACCCUCAGUCCAACACAACGACAGCAAACGAUCUACAACCCCAGUUAUGCUUCGGUGGGUGCUGGCUCCCAAGCAAGCACCGCCACCAACCCGCCAUCUCCCUCUGUUGCCAGUACCAUGCCUGAUACUCGCCGUGACUCGCGACGAUUAUCGGCCGCCAACGGGUCUCCGAAGUCGCUUCGGGCUCAUUCGCAACCUGCACGCUCGUUGACCUCGCCUUCUCAUCCGAAUUACAUCCCUCUGUACACCCUGCCCCAACCCGUGGAUAAUUGGCCCGCACAAAGGCCUGCCACUGAGUCUUCAGAGGGCGGAGAGGGAAGUGGGGAUGAGAACGCUAUUCGAUCUAACAGCCUUGCCAGCAAUGGAUCCCGCUCAGACUCCGUGGAUGAGAAUCGACCGCAGGAGGUUUUCAAUUAUUAUUUGACUCCUCAACAGGUGCAUGCCUUUGAACAAGCCAAUCCGCAAUACUUUGUCGGGUAUCCUACUGGAUACUCACAGGUCAACGGAAAGUAUCGCCAGGAAUCGUUCUCGUCUGAUACCAAUGGUACCGCGCACGCUGUUCCAAAGCCCAUACCUCAGCCUCAACGAGCGCGUCCGCCCGUCUCUGGUCCUUUAGUCAUUGAUGGUUCGGUGCGUCCAAGUGAGCCCCGUACGGAGGAAUACCCACCUAGUCUUGAUCCUUUCUGUGCUGUCAGCCAUUGGAACUCCCGCUCCUCGGACGACCACAUCAACACACCUGCCAGCUUCUCCGACACUUUGUCUCAAGGUUACCAGGACUCCGGAUCAUUUGACUUGGACCACUCAGCUGUUCCCCCGCGGCCAUCAGCGGAGAGCCACAAGGUGAACGGCGCAAACGGCACACAUGUGGCCAAGCACUCAGACACACAUGACCAGCCCGAGCUCCUCGCCAGCCGACUGCAGAAUUACCACCUGUCGAAUUCCGAAAAACUGUCCCAGCCCUCAAAGCCCGCCUCAGACCGACCUCGAACAAUGGCCCAGACAGCAAAGGAGUCUCAGUCCAAGAACUCACAGAGCGAAAAGUCAGCAAAUGAGAAUCGUCACCAACCAAGCAACCCCAAGCGUCGCGCAAACGGCGAGUCCGAGAAAUCCAACGGCGCCAACGGUAAAUCCAAACCAAAAGGCCAAAGCCGUGAUACCCACAACCCUCCCAAGGGCGAUCAGCCUCGGAAACAGGCUAGUGAUCACGGGUGGCAGACGACCAAGAAAAAGAAUCGCAAAAACACAAAGUCUGAACCCCGUGGCAACCCCGAGCCCAUCCCCGUCGAUGACUCUCUGCGAAAAGGCGGUUGA